GAGUGAUGUGGGACCCACCUGUUCCGUGUGAAGGACAUGAAAGGCAACAUUUCAUAAAGGGAAGAAACAAAACAUCUGGUAGAUGGAAGCCAUGAAGAUAUCAAAGCGGUCCUUUGCUUUUGGGAUUUUGGCAUGCAUAGCUAUUUAUGUUGCAUACAUAAAAUGGCACUUGGACUCCAAACCAGCCAUGGGAGCAACAGAAGGAGUUGCUGAACACAGGGGAGACAAACUGAACCGUCAGGCACCAACUGCAGAUCUCUCAGUGUUUUAUGGAAUUAUGUUUGAUGCAGGAAGCACGGGAACUCGCAUCCAUAUUUUUAAAUUUACACAGCAGCCAAAAGAGACUCCCAAAUUAACCCAUGAGACAUUUAAAGCACUGAAGCCAGGUCUGUCUGCAUAUGCUGAUGAUGUUGAAAAGAGUGGCCAGGGAAUAAAAGAGCUCCUGGAGGUGGCGAAGAAGGAAGUUCCUAUGGAGCUGUGGAAGUUUACUCCUCUGGUCCUGAAAGCCACGGCUGGCCUACGGUUGCUGCCAGGAGAGAAAGCUCAGAAGUUGCUGAAUAAGGUGAAGGAGAUUUUUCAGGCCUCCCCCUUCUUUGUGAGGGACAACUGCGUGUCCAUAAUGAAUGGAACCGAUGAAGGUAUUUCAGCCUGGAUCACAAUAAAUUUUUUAACAGGUAGCCUAAAUGAUCCACAGAAGAGAAGCGUAGGGAUGUUGGAUUUGGGUGGUGGAUCAACACAGAUCACCUUCCUUCCGCGCACCAAGGCAACUCUCCAGACAUCACCAGCUGGCCAUACAACUUCAUUUCAGAUGUUUAACAACACCUACAAGCUGUAUUCAUACAGUUACCUGGGACUCGGGCUGAUGUCAGCAAGGCUUGCCAUUUUAGGAGGAGUUGAGGGAAAACCCUUAGGAGAAGGGGAGGAAUUAAUCAGCCCUUGUUUACCACCUGGCUUCAAAUCUGAAUGGCAACAUGCUGAGAUAGUGUACAAAAUUAAAGGACAGAAGGCAGGUGAGCCUCUGUAUGAGUCCUGUUCUAACAAAGUGGCAAAGAUGCUCUUCAAAAAAGUGCAUAAAGCUGAGGAAGUGAAGGACUUGGACUUUUACACUUUCUCCUACUACUAUGACCGUGCAGCAGAGGUUGGACUCAUAGAUAAAGAAAAUGGAGGAAGCUUAACCGUUGAGGACUUUGAAAUUGCAGCCAAAUACAUAUGUAAGACCAUGGAAAUCAGCCCUGGAAGCAGCCCUUUUCUCUGCAUGGACCUCACGUACAUCACCUUCCUCUUGCAAGAACUGGGCUUCCCCAAGAGCCAAGUCUUUAAGCUUGCCCAGAAAAUCGACAAUGUUGAAACCAGCUGGGCAUUGGGAGCCACUUUUCAUUAUAUUGACUCACUCAAUAGACUGCAGUACUAA